UCACAAUUUCAAGCAACAACCCUUUUCCUUUUUCUGCAUGACGAGUGCAGUAUCAUCAUCAGUGGCAACAGCAAGCAAAAACUCGACGAGCACCAUGAAGAUUGACGAUCGAAAGCAGUUGAUUUUGUCGGCUAACCAGCCGACGAACCUUCCCCAAACGCUUAUUCGAGAAAGAUCCAAGAGGAGCAUGGGUGGGCGUAGCAGCAGCGUGGUGAUUGUCAGCAUUACGAAUCCGACACGAAAACGGCCGAUUUGAAGGAAAAAGACAAUAAGAGUGGUCUGGAAGAAAAAUCUCUUCACGUCAGUAACAUAUCAACCAAGACAGAAAGUGACGGAGGAAAUGGCAGUGGCAGCAGCAUUCCACGCCACAGCCAAAGCAACAACAAGUCGGUUGCCUUUACGAGCAACACCAUGGAUUGCAGCUCGCGACGUGACGAUAAUGGACGCACUUCCAUGAAAGACCCCAGUGACAUGGGCAGCAGUCUCCGCCGAUCUGUUUCCUUUGCCAGGGAUACCAAGUUGGAUGUAGCGAAAGGCAACAACAACCACAAGGACUUGACGAUGAGGGUUCGUCGCACGACUGCUUGGGCUCAUCACACAACAGCAUGGGCAACGGCAGUGGACGUGUGGCCAUGAUGAAAGCCAAACUGCGAGAGUCUUUUAGCCGCUCCAGCAGUGCCUUUAAUCUCAUGGAUGAAUCCUGGGGAGGAGCCUUGGAAGAACUCGACAUGAGUUCGUCCUCGGAAGAAUCGGACGAUGAUGAUGACGAUGAUUCCUUUAAUAACGGUGAUGACAAUCUCGGCGAAUUGGGCAAUAGCGAAAACUUUCGAGCCAUGGCACGACGACAAUCCACAUCCUUCAAUAUGAGCUUUCGCAAUAUUGGAUUGUACGACAGCAGCCAAAAGGAAGGCGACGACAAUAUUGAUGACGGCUUGGACAAGUCGGCCGUCAGCCUGGGAGGAUCUUCGCGACGACGAAACACGGGCCGCGGGAGCAUUUUUGUCAUUGCCGAUGAAAAGUUUGGUAUGACCAAGGUGGUGCAAUCUCGAUUGGAAAAUGCUGCCAAAAAGAUUCAACGUUUCUUGCGACGAUCUCUGUUGGUGCUCCGCAAGUACAAUGCCGAGAAAGACUACUUCAAGAAUGAAGUCAAGGACACCGAGGCACGCCGACAAGAGGAACUGGCAGAUAUUGAACGUUUCAUCCAGGACGAGAAGGAACAUUUCCGCAUGCAGCUCGAACAGGAAUGGAACGCCAACAAAUGGACCCCCGAAGAGUGGGAAGCCUACUUACAAGAAACUGAGGACAUGAAGAAUGAAAUGCUCUCACUCAGGGAAGAGAAUGCAACUUUUAAGAAAGACAAUAAACAGCUGAAGCGCGAAAACAAACAGUUGGCCAUUCGGGAUCCACAACAAGAGGCUGAAACCGCCCGCUUGGAAAAGGAAGUGGCAAGAUUGGAAAAGGAUGCCGGGGACUGGACGCGCAUCAGUGGACAUUACACCGAGGGCAUCCAACAGGCCGAAGUAAAGAUUACCGACUUGACCGAAAAGCGCAAGAUCAAGCGCUAUGAACGAAAAAAGACAGAAAAAGUCAUCGCCAAAAUCCUGAAAAUGCUCGAAGAUCACCCGACAUUGGCCAAGGAGAACCCCAAGUUGAUCGAAAAGGUUCGCAAGCUCAAAAAGCAGCGAGAGAAAAAGAUGAAGAAACUCAAAGCAAAGACAGUUCUGGAAGAGCAAGAGCGAAUCAAAGAAAAGAAAGAACAGGCAGAACUCAAAGCAGCCGAAGACGAACGAGUCAAGAAGCAACGCAAGGAACGACGCAAAUCGAGAAAGCAAAACGACGAUCUGCCGGACCUUGAAACGCUCGACUCGAAAUCAUCCAGUCAUGGCGACAGCGCCGAACUGACAACAAAGAAAGACGGCAAGGACAAAAAGUCCAAGAAGAGCAGUGCCGACGCUAAAGCUUUGAAACGGAAAAGCUCCAGCAGAAAUGUGAUGGACGCCCCCCCUGCUUUAAAGGCUUUGAUUGAAGAACCCACAACGGCGGAAAAGGAGGACAAGAGCAAAGCCCUGAAACGUGGAAAUUCCAGCAGAGCUGUGCUGGAAGGGGCAUCUGCGAAACAACACAGUGACAAGAGCAAAGCUCUUAAGCGAAGAAGCUCCAGUAGGGCUGUGAUGGAAGGCCCAUCCGCUUUGAGGGCUCUGAUUGAGGAGCCGACAGAAGCUGAGACUGCAGUCAAGACAACCUCCAAGGCCUUGAAACGGAAAAGUUCAAGUAGGUCUGUGCUGGAUGGACCGCCUGCAUUGAGGGCUUUGGUGGAGGACCCGGCGGAGGACGCUGAUGAGCACGAUGAACAAACCAAAGCAGAAAAGCGAAGCUCCAGUAAGUCUGAGCCACGAGAACCAUCGUUGAUGGCAUUGGUGGAGGAGCCCACGGAGGAGGGAGAAGAAGAUGUUGACGCGACUAAAGUUGCUCAAAAGCAAAGCAGCACCGAUAGACCUCAAUCACCAGUGAGUGCAGUGAUCGACAAGCCAGAGGACGCCGACGGGACCAAAACCGAGGACGUAAGAUCUCCCUCGCCUUUGAUGGCACUGAUUGACGAUCCAUCAUCACUCGAAGAGCGAAUUGAAAAGUACAAUGCUCGAUACGAAGAAGUAGUUGAAGCCUUGGAGAGCUGAUGUGGUGCACACAAUUGUUCCGUCUACUUUUACUCUACACACGUACACGCCGCUAACACUAGAACGAUUAAUCCCCAAAUUAUGGCCACAUGUAGUCAUGAGAUGAACCGAUAACUAGCCGAAGUACAUUUCUUUGGCCUGGCAGCACGAAAAGAUAUCGUUUCCGCAAUGCGUGC